AGAGAUGAGGCGGUUCGGGCGGACUGUACCGUGCUCUAACAACAGAAUACUGUUUAAAAUCGACGCGUGUAACAUUUUUACGUUUUGAGUUAUCUAUUUUAAACGGAGUUCCGGAGACGACAAGCAGUUUAGAUUAAAUCGCCAUUAUCAUAAACACGGAAAAUUUACCGACUCUGGAAAACUUCACCCGGGUAUUUUUAUUCCAUUCGGACGCUCCAUUAAAAAUCGUCUUUGAAAACGAGAAAAUUAGAUGGAGCCACCCGACUUAAGCCCCCAAAGCACAUAACCAUGUCGGCCCCGUCGGGGGCGGCGUUAAAGGUCGCCAUACACGCCCUAUCGCAACCGGCGGCGCAUUAAUUGCCCCUUGCGACCGUAUAAAACCGGCCGCCGCCAGCCGCCACCACAGUACACCCCUGAAAAACGCGAGGAUGUAUUCGCUCAUCCUCUUCGUCGUCUACAUCACAAGCGUCUAUUCCGUUUCGGAAAUAUCAGAGGAGACGUGCGAGACCCUGAUGUCCGACAUAAACCUGAUCAAAGAGGAGUUCGACGAGCUGGGCCGCUUGCAACGCGUCUGCAAUGGCGAGAUCGCCGUCAACAAGUGCGAAGGUUCCUGCAAGAGCCAAGUCCAACCCUCCGUCAUAACCCCGACCGGCUUCCUCAAAGAGUGCUACUGCUGCCGCGAGAGCUUCCUCCGCGAACGCACCAUCACUCUGACCCACUGCUACGACCCCGAUGGUGUCCGUCUGACCGUCGAGAACGCCAACUCGAUGGACGUGAAACUGCGAGAGCCGGCCGAAUGCAAAUGUUACAAAUGCGGGGAUUUUAGCCGAUAAUGUUCUUUGUGAUUGAUUUAGUUUACAAUAAAGUGAAUGAUCAAUUAUCGUGUUGAUUCUUACCUCGCUUCUACUCGGUAGGGAGGUUGUAGCGCACGU